AUGCUGAGUACAUCAAGAGCACACCCUAUAAACUUCCCAUAUGAUGUUUUUGGUGAGAGUUGCAAGACCUUCAUGAUGAAAGAAGAUAUGGAAAUGAUAAUAUCAUUAAAAGAAGUGUCAUCCAAUUGUAUUUUAUACUACAUCUGGCAUUUGCAUAGAAAGUUGAUUGAUGCAAAGCAGGCCGAACGAUAUGUUUUUGUCAAUCCAGCAUUGGUCUCAAAAGCUGGAAUGGGAGAGGGAAGCAAGGAAAACAGUUUCCAUUGGGUGUUAGUGGCAUUGGAGAUGAAGAAAAUGAUUGCAUAUUACCUUGAUCCAAUGGCCUGUCAACCAUGUGAUGAUCUUAAGGACAUAGUUAACAUGGCAAUGAGAAUCAACCCACCGGAAAAACAGAAAACAUCAAAGAGGGAGCCAACUUGGGUGAAAGUGGUUUGCCCAAGACAACCAGGUAGUGUGGAAUGUGGGUAUUAUGUGAUGAGAUAUAUGAAGGAAAUCAUUGCUAAUCCAAACCAACUAACAUAA